GAAGUUGAGACAACACGCCUGGAAUCACAUCGCCUGGAUGCUGGAUCCAUGUGCGCGCACCUCCACGCUCGCGAUUCUCCGUUCCACGCGGCGCCGGCGGACUUUUUUUCUCUCUCCAUCUGGUGCCAAAGAAGAGCGAUUUUUUGUUGUUGUUCUUCUUCUAAACUUUGUGCAAUGUCUCGGUAGACGCAGUUGAGUUCGAACCAUUAAACGCCCGAUCGCCUAAGUACCUGCAGAUCUACUGCGGGGGAGUUUUUUUUAUUUAUUUUUACCGGCGAGGAUACGGCAGAUGACCUUAAACGCCUCGGCUCUCCACUGAAGUGAAAACAUGCUCGGACUAGACAUCAUCAUGUGCACUUUUUCUGUGCUGUCUGUUGCGGCACGGGCAGAUUUCAAGGCUCGGAAUUGCAGCGAGGUGAGGGAGGCUUGCGUCGGGAAAGGCUUCAGCUUCGCGCAUGUUCCCAUCCAGGAGAUCCCAGGUGAACAUCUCCGAGUGUGUCCUCAGGGAAGCACAUGUUGCACCCAGGAAAUGGAGGACAAAUUUGGCCAACAAAGCAAACAGGACUUUGAGAAUCUUGUUGAUGAAAUGAGUCAUGAAUUAAGAAGCACUUUUGUUUCCAGACAUGAACGAUUUGAUGAAUUCUUCCUGGAGCUACUGGAGAACACCCAGCGGUCCCUGAACGAGAUGUUCGUGAGGACGUACGGCAAGCCUUACAUGCAGAACUCCGAGGUCUUUGAGAACCUGUUUGCAGAGCUGAAGCGCUACUACAUGGGAGGGAACGUCAACCUGGAGGAAAUGCUUAAUGACUUUUGGUCGCGGCUACUGGAGCGCAUGUUCACGCUGCUCAACUCCCAGUACGUCAUCACUGAGGACUAUCUGGAGUGUAUUAGUAAGUACACUGACCAGCUCAAGCCCUUUGGAGACGUGCCCAGGAAGCUGAAGGCUCAGGUUACCCGCGCGUUCAUUGCCGCGCGCACGUUCGUCCAAGGCCUCUCUGUUGGCCGGGAGGUUGCCCAGCGAGUGUCUAAGGUGAGCAGCACCCCGGCAUGCAUCCGGGCCCUGACCAAGAUGCUGUACUGCCCCUUUUGUCAGGGCAUGCCGGCCCUCAAAUCCUGUAGGAACUACUGCCUGAAUGUUGUGAAGGGCUGCCUGGCCAAUCAAGCUGAUCUGGAUCCGGAGUGGAACCUGUACAUUGACGCUAUGCUGCUGCUGGCACAAAGGCUGGAGGGACCUUUCAACAUUGAAUCCGUCAUGGAUCCUAUUGAUGUCAAGAUUUCAGAGGCCAUCAUGAAUAUGCAAGAUAACACUGCCCAGGUCUCCUACAGGGUUUUUCAAGGCUGCGGCCAGCCGAAACCCGCAGGAAUGACCAGGUCGACCCGCGGCGUUCCCGAUGUGUUCAGCGCUCGCUUCAGGCCGUACAGCCCCGAGGAGCGUCCCACCACUGCAUCUGGCACCAGCCUGGACCGACUGAGGAUUGUUUGGCAUGCGAUGCAACACAGCGUCGUUGACAUAAAAGAGAAACUGAAGCUGUCAAAGAAGUUCUGGUCCAACCUGCCGGAGGCGAUGUGUGUGGAGGACAGAGUGACCGCUGGAAAUGCCAGUGAUGAGGACUGCUGGAACGGACACACCCAGGGCAGGUACUUUCCUGAAGUUCAAAAGGAUGGACUGACCCACCAGGUGAACAACCCCGAGGUGGGCGUGGACAUCACCCGCCCAGACACGCAAAUCCGCCAGCAGAUCAUGGCUCUAAGGGUGAUGACCAACAAGCUGAAAAACGCUUACCAUGGCAACGAUAUCUACUUUCAAGACUCAAGUGACGAAGGCAGCAGCUCAGGCAGUGGCAGCGGCAGCACAGAGGUCGGCCCCACCGACAUGGACGUCGCUGCCACCGAAGCCCCGGUGGUGGAGGCCGACCGCAGCGGGCCUGUGGUUGACUCGGCCCCGCUCUGCGCUCCCUCCCUAGCCCUGCCAACCAUGCUGGCCCUCUCGACCCUGGCACUCCACCGGCAAUGGAGAUAAUGUUGAAGGAACCGGCCAAACGUGGACAUGCUGGGGGGCUCUUCCUUUCUUUUUUGCAGUUUUUUGUAUUCAGGCAGAUACAGUCAACCAAAUAGGAAAUAGGCUGCCAUGUCUGGAAGGAGUCUGCCCUGAAGAAGAGAAGUCGUAUCAUGAUAUCCCACUUUUCCAAAGAUCCUUGGACUUGACAUUUUAGGGCAUCACUUUACCACCUAUCACGGAUGCCAACCCCAGCAAACUGCUUCAGAGAUUUCUUGCGCAUAUGGCAGACAUUAAUGUUGAUCUCAAUGUGGAAAUAUAUAACACGCACUUUUUUAUUUUUAUGCCAAAAUUGUCUUGUGAUGGAAAUUGUUGAGGAUGUUGUUAUUUGAUGUACCUAAAAGAGGCCGAAGAAUAUGUAAUAUUUGGUUUAUAUUAUGUUUUGAAACAAAUACAAGGGACAAUGGCGGACAAUCUGGAACAUGCGGUUUACACCAUUUUUGGAUUGCAUCCUCGUUCCAUUGCCAUUAAAUGAUGUGCCAAUCAUUUUUCUGUUUUUCAUCAGAUUCAGCCACUAAAUCACGUUGCUUUAUAUUUGAUUUCUCAGCAAAUUCAAAGUCAUAGGUCUGCUGUGUUCAAGAGCUAUUUUAACAUUUUGUUAAAAGGGAUAUUUUUGAUUUUUUUUUCAUACUCAUUUGCCUUGCAAAAAAUGUAUUAUCUGGAGAAUAUUAUCAUAUCACGCUGGUUUCUCAAGCUUGACGUCAGGAGUUAACAGCCUCAACAUAAUUAAUGUGGAGCAAUAGAGAGUCAUUCUAUCAUAGUGAUGCUGGUUCUGUAGUGUUGUGGGGUGGGGUGCAUGUCCCGGUGUGUAAUUAAUGAAUUGAUGCCUGAGAGGUCUUGACAAAAUAGAAUCCUCUCUGACAUAUAUGUUUUCCUUAAUCAAUAAUAUAUUUGUUUUAUGUUCCUACCAGCACUCUUGAUCUGCACACAAAGUCCAUCAAUAGAGAGGUAAUCAAAUUAACCAUUUUAUAAAAAAUGUGUAAAACACAUCUGCCGAUAUUAAUACGCUUUGUAAAGGCGCAGUGAUUGAAAAUCUUGACCGUGGUCUAUAAAUGUGUAAAUGGACUUGCAGCAAAAAAAGCACACUUUUUCAAUACAGAAUUACCAUCAGAGAAGACGGUUGACUGCCUGUAUUUUAACAACAUUACGCAUUUUAGAAGUUCAAGAAAUACUGGAUUUGCGUGCACACAAACAGGUAUAACUAUUACAAUGUAUUGUAGUGUUUAAAAAGGAACAAAACUGAAACACUGUCAGCAGGACUCAUAUGUUAAGUGUUGCUAUUUCUGUAAAUGUAUUACCACAGGUAUUCACAGUGUGGGGGAAUUAUUAACAGAGGUUAAAGCUGCAAACGGCACACAGUGGUUACAGGAAAUGCAAAGAAAGGCCCCCUCGAUGUAUCUGCAAAGCUUGAAUGGUCGUGUCUGACUGGAAGCCGACCACAGUCACCUGUGAAAUGAGAAUCUGUGGAGACUGGACAGGCCUGAAUGCUUCAGUGAGGCUCCUCAGUAGAGCGCACUUACAGAGAAUGUGAGAGGCCUGGCACUACUGUGGGGGGGAAAAACCAUCCUGUAUGUACGCCCACUGUUCUCUGAGAGCCCGCCAGCUCCAUAACAACAGGCCUAAGCUUACACAUUCAAGGAGUUAACCAGUGUUUUUCCCUUUGCAGUAUACCAGUGGAUACUUAAGCUUUUUCUUUAUUUUAUUUCAGUCAGCGUUUGCAUCCACAUUGCACGGACAGAAAAAAAGAAAUAUGUCAUGGGUAUCAUUUAAAAGGAUUCUUUAUUAUGAAUAAUGAUCUCUUAACAGGAUGCCCUUUUUAUGUUUUGUAUCAUUCAACUUUUAAUGGUAAUAUUUUUGCAAUAAAAUAUCGAAAAUGGA